AUGAAACCUGAUGAGGAUGUUUCUGCUUUUGCCGCCGGGACGAAGCUGGUGAUUCUGUUGGUUGUGUUCUGGAGCACAGCUUCGCACCUGGCAUGGGCCGGGCCCGAGGAGGGCGGCAUGGCGGAAGCUGGGCUGCCCAGCCGCGUGGUGCGCGGCGAGGAGCUGCAGGAUCUCAUGCCUCUGGAGCCCUUGUGGGACAUCUUGCUGCCGCUCGCCAGCCUGGGUGUGGGCACCUCGCUGGGCUUGUUCGGCAUGCGGCUGACGCUGGGCCUCACGUUUGCGUGGCCGCUGCUUCUCUUGCUGUCGCCCACCCUACUUAGCUUCCUCGAGGACUUCCAUGAGCGACUGCUGUCCUGGCAGCUUUGGCAGCAGAGGCGAAAGGCCAACUGA